AUAGGAAGGGAAUAGUAGUGAUGGGUCAACAGUUGAGGCCUUGGAGCCAGUUUCCCCUUCGGAACAUCCUUUUGUUUUCCAUGAGUCCGGACGGCCCCAGCCUUGAGAAUCGGGGACUUGAGAGACUGGGAUAGGCACCACCAUAAGCCCCACACCUGGAUCCCACUGGCUGGCGCAUGCAGUAGCCGGUGUGGGUCAGCAGGAGGUGCUUCCUCUGCCAGAGGAGAAGGCGGAGCCAUAUGGGAGUCACUGGGGACCAUAGGUUGGCUGGUUUUGAGGGGGCCGUGCUUAGGAUAACAACUGGGAUAGGGGAGGGACAACGGAAAAGGAAAGAAGGGGCAGCCGAGGUUUUGUUCUAAAGUGUUUGGGGAGGUGUCUUAAAAGCUGUAGCAGACUACUGCGGAGCUGACCCCUUCCAGUUAGACAUGACAGACGGAGGCCGGAAUCUGGUGUACCUGGUGACAGGGGGCUGCGGCUUUUUGGGGGAACAUGUGAUUAGGACCCUGCUGGAGAUGGAGCCGCGGCUCAAAGAGCUUCGGGUGUUUGACCUUAACCUGGGGCCCUGGCUGGAGGCACUAAACCCAGGGUCUGUGCAGGUGAUUCCAAAACAAGGGGAUGUGACUCGUGCAGAGGAUGUGGUAGCUGCUGUAGCUGGAGCAGAUGUAGUCAUUCACAUGGCUGGGCUGGUGGAUGUGUGGGGACAGAAUGACCCUGAGGUCAUCCACAGAGUUAAUGUUCAGGGGACUCAGAAUGUGAUUGAAGCCUGUGUGCAGACUGGAACUCGGUUCCUGGUAUACACUAGCAGCAUGGAAGCCCUGGGGCCCAACAAUAAGAGACAGCCCUUCUACCGGGGCAACGAGGACACUCCCUAUGAGGUGAUACACACAGAGCCCUAUCCCCGAAGCAAGGCCCUGGCAGAGAGGCUAGUCCUUGAGGCCAAUGGGAGAAAGGUGCGGGGUGGACUUCCCUUGGUGACAUGCGCUCUGCGCCCCACGGGGAUCUAUGGUGAGGGCCACGAGCUGAUGCUCAGCUUUUACCAGAAGGCCCAGAACACUGGGGGGUGGCUCCUCAGAGCCAUCUCUCCCGCUGUGGAACAUGGCCGAGUUUAUGCAGGCAAUGUCGCUUGGAUGCAUAUACUGGCAGCUAGAGAGCUGGGUUCCAGAGCCUCCACAAUGGGCGGGCAAGUCUACUUCUGCUAUGAUGACUCCCCUUAUAAGAGCUACGAGGACUUCAACAUGGAAAUCCUGGGCCGCUGUGGCGUUCGCCUCCUGGGGACUCGGCCCCUUCUGCCCUACUGCCUGCUGUUCUUCCUGGCUACCCUCAAUGCUUUCUUGCAAUGGUUACUCCGGCCUUUGGUGGUCUAUACAGCUCUCUUGAACCCCUAUACCCUAGCCACAGCCAACACCACUUUCACUGUGUGCACAGACAAGGCCCAGAGGCAUUUUGGCUAUCAGCCCCUCUAUGGCUGGGAGGAAAGUAGAGACCGAACUGUUUCCUGGGUGAAGACCAGGAAGGGAUGCUCUGGCCCCCGUCAUCGAGACAAAACACUGGAUACAGGAGAUCCUGGACUUUAAAUUCCACCCCAACCAGGGGCUCUCCUCACCUAGUGACUGAGUCUUGAGUGAAGGUUACCCUGGUUUCCCAUAAAUGAUCCUAUCUAGGGGACUUUUCACAUAAAGAUCAAACCCUAAGACGUGUGACAAGUCUCAUACUUUUAGAUUCCUUUCUCUUAACUUUACAGAGGGAAAUUCCAAACAUAUAACUACUAGUGAUCAGAGCUAGGAAAAGGUAGACCUGAGGCUAAAUGCCAUUUUCUGACCCGCGUCCAGAGGAUCCCCAUCCCUCUUCACUGUGCUUGAAAAGACAGGGCUUUGGGGAGAGAUGGAUCAGAAUUCUAGAUGGCAUUCAGUGCCUCUCCAGGCCCUUUCCUACCCACCGCUGCUCCAGACCCCGGUGACAGCAGCUCCUGGAUUCCUAAGAGCACCCAGGGAUAUAGAUCUGGCCUCCCAACCCUAGCCACAAACUCGGGCCAACUGAGAACCCAGGGCCCAGUACAUUCUGUUGUGCUUUUGCUAUCUUGUUGGAACCCACCAUAAAGUGGAACCCACGUGCUUGCCAUCUUUACCAUAGUAUCAGACCUCCCCAGUCACUUUGAUAUUAAAUGUAUUUGCCUUUCUUUCUUGUGUCUAAAUAAAUGAAUUUAUCCUGCCCCAAACAAACACCACACUGUGAUGGACACUGGCGCCUGUUCCUUCCGUGUGUCAACACUGGCUAGGGAAAGCUGGCUCUAGACACGCUGUACUGACCCCUCCCCCCUUUCUCCUUUCCCCUCCCCCCCAGUCUCCCGGUCCCCACCCCGUGUCCUUGCAUCUGCCCAAGCGGCAGCUCCCCUGGCCCGGACUCCGUGGCGCGCUUGCGUGGGCGCUGUCACCUCCCGCCCUGCCCUCCCCUCCGUCCCCCUCUGCCCGGUCGCGACCCCCAUCCCCGGAUGGGGAGGGGAAGGAGAAGCAGCACACGGCUGACCCGCUGGCUGGACGUUUGCUAUUUUUCCCGUGGGGCCCGGCCCGGCCCAGGGUGGGAAGGUCUCGGGACGGGACAUGCAAGGCUGUGGGGUGGGGUCAGGGUCAUAAUUUUGCCUUUUUUUUUUUUUUUUUUUUUUUUUUUCUGUUUGCUUCUUGGGCACCAAUGGUGAGGACGUCCGGGGUUGGGAGGGGGAGACAG